AUGUUUGUCAAUCAGAUGGAAGCAAGACUCCGGGUCGAUCAAGGGCAACUUCCCGCACAAUCACUGUAUCCAAAUGAGGCAUAUACUGUUGGAUGGAUCUGCGCCAUUGAGCCCGAGCAAGUUGCUGCAUGUGCCUUCUUCGAUGCAAGACACGAUGGUCCAGAAAAUCUACCCUCUUGCGACCAAAAUAUUUACAGCCUUGGCAGGCUUGGAAAACACAAUGUUGUUAUGGCCGUUCUGCCUGAAGGGGCCUACGGAGUUCGGGUUGGAAUUGGUGGUGGAGCACCCAGUCGAAAACAUGAUAUCCGUCUCGGCGACAUCGUCGUUAGCACUCUGCGAAAUGGGAUUGGGGGUGUUUUCCCCUUCGACUUUGGCAAAACGAUUCAAGAUCAGAAAUUCUUACCGGCAGGAUUUUUUGAAUCGGCCUCCAGCACUCUUACUCUCAGCAGUAACAGCCCUCAAGGCCAGGUAUCUGACAGAAGGUCACAGCUUGGUGAUGCUGUGAACAGUGUUCUUGAGGUUUGGCCGAGUCUUAAGACGAAAUAUAAGCGACCGGACGCAAAGAAUGACAACCUAUACAAGAGUGGGGUGAUCCGUCCUCAAAAUGCAGACCUGGUAUGCUCGGUAGCAUGUGGUAUUGACCCAUCCAGCUUAGUAUUGCGACGACAGCGGACCGAGGACGAAGACAACCCAGCCAUUCACUACGGUCUAAUUGCCUCGGCAAAUCAAUUAAUGAAAGACGCACUCUUACGGGAUAGCCUUGCGCAAGAGAAAGACAUUCUCUGUUUUGAAAUGGAAGCUGCAGGUUUAAUGAACCACUUCCCGUGCCUAGUCAUUCGUGGUAUCUGCGACUACUCGGAUACACAUAAAAACAAGAAAUGGCAAGGCUAUGCAGCAAUGGUUGCGACGGCAUACGCUAAAGAUCUACUAUCUCAAAUCGUUGCUGAAAGAGUUAACGAUGAGAAGCGGGUCGUCAACCUUCUCUCUGGUUAA